AUGGCUACAAACAAUUUAAUAAACGAUCUUCAAAAACCUGACUUCACUUUGGACGAAACUAAUGAAAAAAAGUUGUUCAAAAAUCUCGCGCCACUUGUUAAAAAAGUUUGGGAAACACAACUAGCUGAAAUCAUUGACAAGCUUUGUAAAUAUGCUACACAGAAAAAAGAAGAAUUAUGUGAUAUUGCUGGCAUUGGAUUGAAAACUGUCAUUGUGGAAAUACCAAGUAAUUUACCAAAUGCUGGCAGUGUAGUGCAGAGAUUGAUUUCAAAACUUCUUUCACAACUAGAAAAUUCAAAGGCCACGUAUGAAGUGCAAAUAGAUACUUUGAAUAUCCUAAGCAAGCUCUUUGCUUGUUUUGGUAGCUCGGUGGGUAACAAUAUAGCAUCUCAAAAAUGGAUUCAAAAUGUUUUGGUGCCUCUGUUGAGCCAUUCGUAUCCAACAAUUAGAAAGAGAACUACUACUGCUCUUGGUAUGCUUGAGUUUUGA